AUGCACAUUAAACCUACUGGAAGCCUCCGCGAUACCCUUCUCAUUGUCAGCUCAUACCCCACUGCCAAGGAGGAUAGCACAGUUGAUCGAUCGUAUGGUACCACCCUAGACAUUUCAAACGAGUCCAUGUUUAUGCUCUACGCCAAGCUUGGCCACAACGUAUCCUCGAUCAGAAACCACGGCGCCCUCCACUUGGACGUGUUCCCCAGGCGAGUUGACCGCAACAUUGCACUCGGUCUCGGGAAUAUUGUCGACCAGGUUCCGACCAAUCUCGGCAUGUAUUGGAGACUCGUGGUUCGUCAGCUCAUUGAGUCAUCGCAUUCCAAACUGGCUCUCCUCGUCGGGUCCGCGGGUGUUGCCACGUACGUCGACUAUCUCAAACAAAACAACAUCCGCUAUCAAAUAUUUGGCUAUCGAACAAAAGCGUGCAAGGCUACUAGAAAGAGAAUCAUCAUGGAGUAG